AUGUCAGCCGUCAGUCCAAACAUCAACGAAUUCAUGAGUGGUGUUUACUCGACAAUCGGUGACAAAUUGUAUUUGAGCGAAGACAGAGCCGAUUUCCAUUUCAUGUUUGAGUCGAGCGACGGUCAAUAUGAGCGGGUUGCUGCACAUAAGCUGUUACUGGCCACGGCCAGCGAUGUAUUUGAAAAGAUGUUCAAUGGGUCGUGGCUUGAAAUGCACGAAGUCAAGAUCGUCGAUGCGCUGAUUUCCUCCUUCAAAGAGUUUCUGCAAUUCUUCUACUUGGGUCGAGUGAAACUGACCAUGGACAACGUAGCCAAAGUCAUGUAUCUCGCCAACAAGUACAACGUAACUGAAUGUUUGGCAUUGUGCACAAAGUUCUUGAGACGAACAAUCACCGAUGACAACGUUUGCUGGGCUUAUAGUCUGGCGAUUCUCCACGAACAAAACGAUUUGAAGAGACUGUGUGAAUUGAUGAUCGCUCUCGAUACAAAAACCGUUUUUUCAACGACAAGUUUCUUGGAUUGCGACAAAAAGACUCUUGGCCACAUUUUAAAACUGGACUCAUUUUCCUGUUCAGAAGCUGACGUUUUCGAGGCAUGCAUGGCCUGGCUCAAAAAUGCUAGCAAAAAAGAUAACUUGACGAAGGAAAUUGUUAAAACUCAUCUGGGUGAAUGGUUUUACGAAAUUCGUUAUCUGUCGAUGUCAAUUGAAAGCUUCACCAAACUCGAUCCUUUGAAUGGUGGUCUAUUUAGCUUCGAGGAGUAA